CCCAAUCCUGAUCAGAUCAAAACGAUUUGGGUAGCAGCGGUGAUGUUGGUCGCACUACUGUUUGGAUGGAAUAUGAUCUUACUACGUGAUGCAUUGUAUCCAUGGAAGAUUGGAUUGUGGACAUGCCGUGAGAAGCUCAACACAAUUGCUUACCCCCUCAAUUGCACUGCACUGAACAGCAUAACAAUCGACCCUGACAAAGGUCCAAUCAGCGGAAUGACGGGCGGAAUUCCACCAAUAAUCUUGGCAGCAGGUUACAUUUGUUCAAUCUUGGUAGGCUCAGGAUUGAUGAUGGCAGCGUUUGACAUAACCGCAAGCAAGAUUGCCGCUUUGAUCGUUUAUCCAAUGUUAAUCUUUUGCUUUUGGUUCGGUAGGACAUGGGCGCGAAUCCGAAUUUUAAUUUGUAUGGCAAUCAGUAUCGCCUUCUUUUUCAUCAAUCAUGCUACCGCAUUACGUUUUUACGUUCUCUUUUUGGGCGUCUUGAACGCUUUUUACGUUUUAUGGGAUAUCGCUGAUGAUUUCGUCUUUCGUAAAUCAAACGAAUCCGAUAUUGCACUUUUUGCAAGAAUGUCAAGGGCAAGCACACAAAUAUGGAUCCUAUUUUGGCUGUUCAUCACAAUGGCUUUCGUCUCUUUGGCCAUCGUUGGAGGUCUUCACUUCUUUGACAAAAGCUUGGAAGCUCAAAAGGCAGCUCAAGCGCACUUUUUGCCUACUUGA